CAGUUUCACGCAGUUCCGCGAAAAACUUUUGCCGUGAUGGAUCGUUGGGUAGGAAAAGUCACGUUAGUCACUGGAGCAAGUACUGGAAUAGGUGUAGAGAUUGCGAGAGCGCUUGCGAAAAAUGGAAUGAAAGUGAUCAUUGCAGCGAGAAGAUUAGAAAAGCUGGAAGAAUUAGCAGCGAGUAUUAAACGCGAGUUUAAUGCUGAAAUAUAUCCAAUGCAAUGCGACGUCCGGCAGGAAGAAGAUAUUCUUAAAAUAUUCAAAUGGGCGGAAGAAAAAUUGGACGGUAUUGAUGUAAUGAUUAACAACGCCGGUGUGGUUUCGCCCGAAACGAUUAUAGCGGGAUCAACAGAGACAUAUCGGCAAAUUAUGGAUGUGAAUGUGAUUGCGACAGCUAUUUGUUCGCGAGAAUUAGUACAAUCUGUUAAAAAGCGAAAAACAGCGGGUCACAUAAUUAAUAUCAACAGUAUAGCAGGACAUAAUGCAGAAAUCAUCACUUUACCAGCGAGUUUAUAUUGCGCCAGUAAAUAUGCUAUUACUGGGAUGGCUGUAAGUCUACGAAAUGAAAUAAAAAUCGAAAAUCUUGAUGUAAAAGUUACGAACGUUAGUCCCGGAGCAGUAAGAACACCUAUGAUAACGGAGGCUUUCAAUUUAACUGACGCCAUUUUGAGCGGCCAUUUCUCAGUUUUGGAGUCCAAGGAUGUUGCCGAUAUAAUAAUCCAUGUUCUGAGUGCGCCGGAGCAUGUACAGAUAUCGGAAAUUAUUGCGAGAAUACACGAUGCUGUAUUCACUUCUAAGAAUGUUAAACGAUCCACGAUGAAAUAACGCGGACAUCUUAUGUUUAAAAUAAAACUUUUUGAAAGAUU